AAAGCAUUCCAGCCGUGACCCUUAGUUCUUUUUCUUUCCCAUGAGCGAGGAAUCCAGGGUUGAUUAUCCAACGUGUCCUCUUCUAUGUCGGUAGAAUUUGAUUCGAGGAAGAUUCGGCUGCUAUUUCUGGCAGGUUUAGCAACGACAUAGAGGCUCUAUCGUUGGUUUUAUUUAGGAGUGUGUGAAUGGGAGGUGAUGUGAAUGCCAUUUCCAAAACUAUUAGAAGUGUUAAUGUCAUUUUUUGUAAUUGCAAUCGGAAUGAGAAGACCAGAAUUCCAAAGGUUUUAUUUGACACUCGUUAAAAUAAAAAUAAACAUGUCAAAAGUAUAAACACAAACAUACACACACAUAUAUAUACACACACUAUAUAUAUACACAGAACAGACACACAUUGGCAAGUUUUGCAUAAAACCUACUGCGAACUGUGUUGAGAUACAUGAUUUCUGGAUUUCAGACAAAAACACUAAAAUUAAGAUUAAAUUCAAUCAGAACAUUCGUUUUCACCAAUAUUUGGUUAUACACUUUGUAUGUGCCCGCCCUUUUUUUUUACAGUUCAAGAUUAUCUUGAAAUUUAAAUUUCACUUUUAGUGAAAUUGGGCACUAUUAGACCGGAAAAUGAUAAUAUUCAGCAGUGAGGACAGGAGAAGCACAAGGAAGCGAUAUCGAACCUGCUAGGGUGAUAUUUGGUUGAUAGACUCUUAAACUAUACUCCGUCGAUUUAAAGAAGAAUGACACGUUAGUUGGAAUUCUUCCGGGAGAAAAAAAAAAUGGAAAAGAAAACAGGAUGUUUAUAGCUUUUGGUUAUAAAUUCUACUUGAGCAUGUUGACCUGGGGCUAAAGAGCAACUAUAUUUCUUUUUGGCAUAUGGCUUGGAUAUCUAUGAUAAAAAUAUUUUUUGAACUGUCUUUACAAAAUUAAUUGUCUAACGAUUUAAAAUGAAAAAUUCUAGAAGAAAAUACAAGUUAUAAAUUGUUGAAAACAUAUUCUAUAAGAACGGAAGAAGAGUAGUGUAAGAAUUUGAGAGUCUACAGUUCCUCUUGUGAGAAAAUGGAUAAUAUCAAGGACUGGGGAGCUCUUAAUUUCUUGCAGCAGAAUAGAUUUACUUCAGGUGUAUUCCAAGAAAACUUUAAAACAAAAACCAAGAAGAAUGUUAAGAGUGAAUUGCAGUGUGAAAGAAAUGGUUAGCAACAUCAAAGGAAAUUAAAUUAUGCAAGAUGACAUAUACAUAUUGGAAUGAUGAUGAUGAUGAUGGACUAUAUUCUAAUUUGCUGACUUAAGUUAUCUAGUACUAUGGCUGAAUGUCCAGAUAAAAAGCAAAAUGAAAGCUUAAAGGCAGAGGAGAAAGAACAUGGCAUGAAAAUUCUACAGGGUCUUAAUAAAUUGAAACAUGACAAAAUUUUGUGUGAUGUGACUCUUAUUGCUGAAGGUCAUAAAUUCCAUGUUCAUAGAGUUAUUCUUGUUUCCUGCUCGGACUACUUCCGUUCUAUGUUUACCGGUGGGAUGAGGGAGAGUCAUCAAAAAGAAAUAGAACUGAAAGGUGUCACCAGCAAAGGACUGGAUAAAGUUCUGGAGAUAAUUUAUACAUCUACUACAUGUCUUGAAGGAGAUGACAUUUUUGAUGUCAUUGCUGCAGCAACACAUCUCCAAGUAACUCCUGUAAUAGAAUUUUGUGAAAGAAAUUUCCUCAGUGGCAUGACAACAACAAAUUUUUAUGAUUUUAUCAACACAGCCAAACUUUACAGCAUGAAUAAUGCAUUGAAGCAAAUUGAUGUUUUUAUAGCAAAGAAUUUGAUGCAGAUUGCCCGUGAAGGUACCUUGCAUCUAUUGACUUAUGAACAGAUGCUCAACUGCUUGAAUAGUGAGAAUUUAAGUCUUCGAGAAAUUGAUAUCUUUACAAUAACAUGGGAUUGGCUUCGUCAAGACAGUGCUCAUGAGAGUCAUGCUGUCAGUUUAAUGAAACUGAUAAGAUUUCCACUUAUUAGUCCUUCUGAUUUAGUUCAACAUGUUCAAAGUGUUGAUAUGAUGAUGUCUAUUCCAGAAUUGCGACAGAUGGUUUUACAAGCUCUCAACUACCAUGUUGUUCCUCAUUCACAGCCUUUGAUUGCUUCCCUUAAUGUUCAACUCCGUUCAUUUGUCGAGCGGUUAGUAAGUGUUGGUGGUAGAGAAAUCCAUCCCAACCCAUGUGUCCAUGAUGAAAUAUAUAUAUUUGACUCAAAAAUUACUGCAAACAGUUUAUUAAAUCGCCAAGAAAUUGCUUCUCUCCCGAGUGCUUUGAGUCACAUGCAAGUUGUCGUAUUUAAUAACUUUUUGUAUGUGCUUGGUGGAUGUACAACCCAAUGUGCUCAUGGAGAGUCUGCUGUGAAUUUAGUAUUACGAUAUGAUCCAAAAUUCGACAACUGGUAUCAAAUUUGUCCUAUGUUGAAUAAAAGGGCAUAUUUUUUUUCUGGUGCACUACAUAAUAAGAUAUAUGCAGUUGGAGGAAAGUACAAAGAUGGCAGUCUUGCUAGUGCAGAGUGUUAUGAUCCUUCUGACAAUACAUGGGAUUUGAUAGCUCCAAUGCCCAUGUCCUACCACGCCCACGCAGGAGCUGUAUUUGGUAAUUAUAUUUAUGUUUCAGGUGGUUACAGUGGAAAUCAUUUCACUCCUGAUAUGCAAAGGUAUGACCCUUUGACAAAUCAGUGGGAAGAUAUGGCAACAAUGUUAACUCCACGUGGAUGGCAUGUGAUGUGUGUGGCACAAGAUAAACUGUUUGUUUUUGGAGGUUGCAACCUAAAUGCAAAUCAACAAGCUCAGCCUGUGAUGCAAUCUGAAUGCUAUGAUCCUGCUGUUGAUCAGUGGACUAUUAUCGCUCCAUUAUCCAUUUCACAUAAAGAAGCAUCUUGUGUCGUUUAUAACGAUCAAAUUUAUGUUCUAGGAGGGUAUAACGUUCAAACAAAGACUGGACAAAAAUUAGUUUCUAGGUUUGAUGUUUAUACCGGCAUUUGGGAAACAGUUGGUGCUUUACCACGCAGUCUAACAGGUGUUGGCUACUGUACCUUGAAAUUACCAUCUUACAACAUAGAUGACAUAUGAGAGUCAAAAAAUUCUUCCUUCAAGUUGUUGGAAAUUUUUACUUUUAGAUCGUUACACUCUCAUACUGCUGUACUACAUUUCUUUGGUGAUACCUCUGGAUAUAUUUAUUUUAUGUCUAUCCAUUUCUGUUCAAUAAUAUUGGAUAUUUAUAGCAGUAACUUGGUAUAAUAUAAUUAAUAAUAGACUUACAUUAGUGAAAUAUAUUUAUAAGAGAAGUUCUUAAAGCAGAUAUAAAAUAAUCAUGAAAUUGAAAUGGGUUAGUGAAGUAAUUUAUAAGCACCAUCUGUUAAAAUAGGUUUGGAUGUCUCUUAUUAUAUUGGCAGCUACAGAUAACAUUUGAAUUUUGGGUGGAAAUGAAAGAAAAAAAUUAAUUUUUUGGUUGCAUUUUGAGUCCAAACUAAUUCUUCUAUGAAGAAAUUUUUCAAAAAUUAAUUCAGUAUUCAAGAAAUACAAAUUCAUUUCCUUAUUAUCUAAUGGCUUUCGAUAUCAAAUGACAUGUGCUUUUUAUUUUAGUUCCAAGACCGUCCGUAGUAAAGUAGUAAUAAUAUCUAAGCUUCCAUUUUUUGGGUUCAGUGUAAAGCCUACAAGUUAUACUACUAAGUACAUUAUCCAGUAUUAACAGAAAAGCAUGGCGACUUCCAUAGCAGAAUAGGUAGACAUUUUGAAAAAAGCUCUUAAUCAUCUUUCUUUAAUGUUGGUAUUCAAUUAAUGAGCAAUAUCACUUUUUUAUACAAAGAAUUAUUUAAAAAAAAAAUACAACAGAGAUGCUGUGUGUAUUGUUGUUGUUGUUAAAGUAGCAGACUCCUACCCUGAAGGUUGUGAGCACACUCUUGCUCCUAACAUUGCUGGGCAGCAUUGAGCAAGGAACUUCAUUUACUUUAGAUGUAGUGUAAAGCAAACACCUGUGAAUUGAUACUGUGGAAACUUAUAAUGCAUCAGAAUUAUAAGUCAGUGACUUGAAAAGCAGCAGUUAACUGUUAAUAAUUUAUAUUCCAUUACAAACUUUUUGUUCCAGUUUGAAACUUAAUUCAUUAAAAUAUUUCCUGUGCAUUUUCAUUAAAAUGGAAUUAUUCUAAAACUUUACAUAAUCAAAAACAAAAAUUUAAUUUAAGAUGCCAUUGACAUGAUUACAGAUUUUUUAAAGAGCAUGGCAGAGGAAUGUAAUUGUUAUAAUCAUAAUGAUUUACAUGAUAAUCACCAUUUGUGCUUAUUGCUCUAUAUCUGUAGAUGUUAGUGGUGUUCUGUUCAAGUUGAACAUUACAUAAAAUGUCUUUCAGAAUUUGUGUAUCUCUCCAAACUGUUUUAAUUUUAUUAAUGAUCUUCUUUCUCUUUGAAUCCUGUUAUUCAUUUGAUAAUCAUUAAUCAUACAAUCUUCAAUUUAUUUAGUUUGUUUUGGAAUCUUUUAUUUAUGCCCUCCAUAAGUGAAAAUCUUUCUGACUUGCAGUAGUAAAUACAAAAACAAGCAAACAAAAAAAAAAUUAAUACACUUUAGUGAGAGAAAGAGAGAGUGAGAAUGAACUCUAUUUAUAUUAUCAAUUUGAAGACUCUUCAUAUUGAAUGCAUUUCUAUAAGUAAUUCAGUAACCUAUCUUGAAAAACCAUAAAUAAAUUAAAACCAUAUCUUCUACAUGUUGAAAACUACCUCAAGCAAAUGUGGCUUGCUGUUCACAAUAAUAAUCUAGCUGAAUAGUUUCUAACUCUAAACAAACCACAAACUUCUCCAAGAAUGAAAACAUGUCCCCUUUCCAUUCAUAAUUAUUCUCAUUAGUAUUCUAAAAAAAAAAAUAGUCAUUUAUUUUAUUAGCAAAAUUUUCUUCUAAUCUCUCAAUUUUUUAUAGCUCUCUUAUUACUCCUUCCAUGUAAUAAUUUCAGUAACUGUCUCUGCUUUCUUCUAAACAUCUUUUAAAUCAUUGUAAUCUUUUAAAUCAUUGUAUUACACCCAUCAAUUCAUCUGCAACACUCACAUUGAGUCUCUUAAGAUUUUUUUUCUUGAUUUUUGCACAGCACUUAACCCACAGAAUUUAUCUUCUGUAACAGUCACUUGAGGAUAUCUACAGGUUUUUGGCAUUCCAGUUAUAUACAAAAAUAAUCAUUAUCAACUUUUAUAAUUUUUUUUGGUAAACCCUGUACCCAGUGACAUUUAAGUUAUGUAAAAGAAAAAAAAACACAAACGAAAAUGAAGAAAGAAAUGAAAGCCAAUUGAGUUCUAGAAACCUUACUGGAAGGCUAAGAAUAAAAACACAGAAAAAUAUAGAAAUUGUUGUUUAUUACAAUAGUUACACAAUUUAACUUAUGGCAGCUAAAGUGUAUUAGCUUUAUAUUGCUAUUGAUUGAGGGUUGUUAAGAAUUACUAACUCCUGUGUGUUAUGAAAUGUAUUAUUUCAAAUAUAUAGGUUAUAUAAAUUAUGAAUUUGUUAAUUGCAAUA